UAUAAUAUUGAUUAUUUCAGAGUAAAAUGUCGGAACAGCAACUGGACUGUGCCUUGGAUCUGAUGAGACGGUUGCCUCCUCAACAAAUAGAGAAAAAUCUUUCUGAUUUGAUAGAUCUAGUUCCAGAUCUUUGCGAGGAUCUUCUCUCUUCGGUGGAUCAACCAUUAAAGAUUGCCCGAGACAAGCAGUUUGGGAAGGAUUAUCUUCUUUGUGAUUAUAAUAGAGAUGGAGAUUCAUAUAGAUCUCCCUGGAGUAAUAAUUACGAACCUCCGCUAGAGGAUGGAGCUAUGCCCUCGGAUCGACUCCGGAAACUGGAAAUAGACGCGAACAACGCCUUCGAUCAGUAUAGAGAGAUGUACUUUGAGGGCGGAGUGUCCUCAGUGUACCUUUGGGAUCUAGAACAUGGGUUUGCAGGUGUGAUAUUAAUCAAGAAAGCCGGAGAUGGAGAUUCCAAGAAGAUCAAAGGAUGUUGGGACUCUAUCCACGUGGUUGAGGUUCAAGAGAAAUCUAGCGGACGAAGUGCUCAUUACAAACUGACCUCUACCUGUAUGCUCUGGUUGCAGACGAACAAACCUCGAAGCGGAACCAUGAACCUCGGCGGAUCCUUGACUCGCCAGAUUGAGCAGGAUGCGUCCGUCAGUGAAGCUAGCCCGCAUAUUGCAAAUAUAGGUCGAUUAAUAGAGGACAUGGAGAACAAGAUCCGAAUGACCCUGAACGAGAUCUAUUUUGGCAAAACUAGGGAUAUCGUUAACGGUCUUCGUUCCGUUCAACCGCUUGCAGAGGCCAAGAAAACCAAAGACCUUCAGGAGGAAUUGAGAAAAACUCUAUCUCAGAAGUCGGCUGGGAAGGAAUAAACUGCCCAAACCCUAAUGCACCCUGGUUAGACUGUGAUUAACCUCAACACUACACAGUGUACACAAACACACCCAGGCGUCUCAUCUGAUUUUAGACGCAUAGAGCAAAUUUAUCAAAUGGUCGUUCUUUCUCGGAUACGUUAAAUGCGGGAAAUUUUGGUUUACUAAACCGCCGCCAUUUUGGUUUACGGCUGCCAUUUUCAUCUUUUCUUGACCAUUCGUACUUUCUUACCCAGACACAUGAUAAUUUAUUAAUAUUAAAUAUUUUAAAUAUAUUCUACAUAAUAAAGUUUUCAUAAAAUUGUUUAAAAGACUUUGUUUUUAUUUUGAAACAUUUUGCAUUGAUAGUUAUAUAGUUUUGAUGAUAAAGAUAGUUGUACUGAAAUAUUUUGUACUUCCAGUACAUGCCAUGAUGGAUGUUUUAAUAUAAUUUUUAUGAUUUUUUA